CUACGUACGUCGUUACAUGAGCAGCACCGAGAAAAAGUGGAUACGGUACUGGGAAACAUCUGAAAUUUUGUUGGCGAAGCUAAGUUUUCUUUAACAUUAACAAGAUGCCGCGCUAUGCUCAGAUUGUGAUGGGACCAGCCGGUAGUGGAAAAUCAACAUACUGCAGUAAUCUCCAGAAACACUGUGAGACGAUAGGGAGACAAGUUCAUGUGGUCAACUUAGAUCCUGCAGCAGAAUAUUUUGAUUAUCAGACUGUAGCAGAUAUUCGUGAGCUAAUUGAAGUUGGUGAUGUUAUGGAGGAUGAGUCUCUGCAAUUGGGACCUAAUGGAGGACUGAUCUAUUGUAUGGAGUACUUUGCCCAAAAUUUUGACUGGUUGCAUGAAGAAUUAGGAGACAUUGAUGGAGAUUACAUCAUAUUUGACUGCCCAGGUCAAAUAGAGCUAUACACUCACAUUCCUGUCAUGAAACAGCUGGUUGAAGUACUCAGGAGCUGGGAUUUCAGAAUCUGUGGAGUCUUCCUCAUAGAUGCACAGUUCAUGGUUGAAACGGCCAAGUUCUUCUCAGGAAUGCUGUCAGCAUUGUCUACCAUGGUGAACCUUGAGAUUCCUCAUAUCAAUAUCAUGAGCAAAAUGGACCUUCUUAAUGCAGCCACCAAGAAGACAGUAGAAAGAUUUCUUGAUCCUGAUCCAAAGGAGUUAGCUGCUGAAGGUGAACAUAUGUCCAAGAAAUUUCAGAAGCUCAACCAAGCAAUAGCUACAUUGAUUGAUGACUACAGUCUGGUGAGGUUCCUUCCCCUGGAUCCCUCAGAGGAGGACUCCAUGAGUGACCUCCUCUUCAGCAUCGACACAAACCUCCAGUUUGAUGAAGACCAGGACGUCAAGAUUCCCAAAGAUCUCGAUGAAGAUGAUGACGGGGGUGAGGGUGCAGGAGGGGGGUUCAAUUUUUGAUCCAAGAUUGGAGUGAGAUGUGGAGUGUCAAGGAUCUUGGAUGUCUAAAAUCUGGAGGAAGGUGAUCGCAAGAUGCUGGAGCAAUGUUUUCUGCAUGGAAACCAACCUCUAGAACAAGAGCCAGGAAGAGAGGUUGUUGCUAUAAUCUUCAGGAAGGUUAUAGCAGAAUAAAGGAGCAAUGUCUUCAGCAUGAUCAUGCCAGAUUUACCAGGGCCAAGAUGUGAGGAUGUGGAAGCAAUGUGUUCAGAAUGAGCAUCGAUUUCUAGACCCAGGGUCAGGUUAGGAUUCCGCAAAUCUUGAGGAUGAUGAUGAGGGUACUGAAGCAUGAGGGGUAUCACUUAUAACCCCAUUUUCAAUCUCUGUUAUUGCCUCCAAGUUCAUCAAGGACUAUGAUUCAAAUACAAUUAUUCCCAUAACGGCUGGAGGAUGAUGGCAGUAGGACAGCAAAGCCCAAGAGGUCCCUAUUUCCAAUAAUUCACCCAGCCCGAAGGGCAAGAUGAGCUUAUGCCGUGGCGUCCGUCAUCUGUCGUCCGUCCACAAUUUCAAAAUGCUAUGUUU